CAGCUCAAACGAGGGAACGCUAACCCGGCCCACCUAGCCAGCAGUUCGGGCGGACUCCCAGCCGGUCAGCCCCCACACGACGCGCCUCGCCGCCGGCUCCGAGCGCCGCCACCUCAACUCCGAGCGCCGCCUCCCCCUCGAAUCGAAUACUCGUCUCGCGCGCUGCGCCCAGGCGUCCGACUGGCGUGCCCGCGUGUGGACCUCUCAAUUCCACAUAGCGCCGCCCGCCCGCCCGCUGCCGCGAUGGCUGCCGCUUCCGUUCCACCAGCAUCUUCCUCCGGCGGCUGGGACUUCACCUGUAACUUUGAAGUUGAUUAUGAGUCUGAGGAACAUGCAUCCAUAGUCUACAAAACGUUAGCAGUUGACAAGGAGUUGCAGCCUGACAAGGUCAAGAGGGAGAUGACUCUAUCAGGCAGCAAGCUUGCCGUGCACUUCGCAGCAGUAGAGGCCCGAUUUCUGCGAGCAUCGUUCAGUGCAUUUGUUGAUCUUAUGGGACUUGUGACGAAGCUUGUUGAAGAAUAUGGUGCGGCCAAGGAAGGGCAUUCUUGAUGACCAAUUUCAUGCACGGCAGUAAGGCACUAUGGAGUCCGUUUUAGUCCACUUGUGAGCAUGUUGGACAGUCUGUAUCAGUGGAAAUGCUUUUGGCUGGUCAAGCUAGUGUAUCAGUGUAUUUGAUCUUGAUUAGUCCAACCCUACUUAGAACAGUGAUUUUUUUUCUUCUACAUAUUCAUGUGAAUUCAACUUUACUUCAAGUCAGGAACAUUAAAUCUCCACACACAGCCUUUGCCGAUCU